AGGCGAUUUCGUGUUUGCCUCAACCACGCGGGAGUGCUUUGCAAUGUUCAGUAUGGCAACCACGUGGGAGUGUUUUGCAAUGUUCAGUUGGCUCGUCUUCAAUGCCAAGCCAAGCAGGAAUCAUGGGGCCUGUCGCGAGGAACGAGGGAGUGAGAAGAGAAGGAAAUACAGAAACCAUCUGGCCCAACACCAACCCAAGCAGGAACCAUGGGGGCGAUCGCGUGGAACGAGCGAGAGGGAAGCAGAAGGGAACAUAGUAACCGUGUGCCCCAACGUCUUCGUCAUCCGUUCCCUCCGUCCCCGCCACUUGCGACACGUGCCACGACAUGAUGAUAAUGGCAAUGUUGAUGAAGAUGAUCAUGAUGUUGAUUACGAUGCAGAUGAUGAUGAUGAUGAUGAUGACGAGGACGGUGGCGGUGUUGAUGACUACGACGAUGUCGAUGAUGAUGAUGAUGAUGAUGUUGAUGAUGUUGUUGAUGAUGAUGAGGAUGAUGAUGAUGAUGAUGAGGAUGAUGAUGAUGAUGAUGAUGAUGAUGAUGGCAGUCGUCGACGGUUCUACAUGAAAAAUGUGUAUGGUUCGAAGGGGAACGUCGUCGCCAGUGCCAAGGGGGCGGUUCUCGACAUGUGUCUGUUCGAGGGGUUCGGAGCGGGUGCUGCAAACACCCCGUUCUACAACGACCUCCGGCGGCAGGGCGGGUUUGUUUUGGGUCGAGAGUUCUUCGACUUGUUGGAGGACAAGGACAUCGCCCUCGAAGUCAGCCCCGACCUAGAACUGUCAAUGCCUUUGCAGCUGUGCGGCGGUUGUGAGUCGAGCGGGGCAGCGGGGGAGGGGGGGUAUCUGGGUUCCGACGAGGCUACACAUGUGCAGCGGAAGGAUUCCAGAGGUCAGUUGCCACGUGGCAGGGCCUUGAUGGGGGCGCAAGCGGAAGCGGAAGCGAAACCUGAUUGGAAAGCGGAAGCGGGUGGGGGCGUGGGUCGGCGGAGGGCCUUGAUGGGGGCGCAAGCGGAAGCCGAAGUGGAUUGGGAAGCGGAAGCGGGGGGGGGUGGAGAUCGGCGGAGGCAGGCGAAGACGGUCGGAGAUAGGCGGAGACGGGAUUGGGAAGCGGAUUGGGAUUGGGAAGCGGAUCCGGAGCCUAGGCGAAAUAAUCUAAGGAGUUUGCACUACAGCAUGGGGACAAGCGCGGAGAAGUGGGGAGAAGCGGGGAGAAGCGGGGAGAAGCGGGGAGAAGUGGGGAGAAGCGGGGAGAAGCGAGGAGAAGUGGCGAGAAGUUGGGAGAAGUGGGGAGGAGCGGGGAGAAGUGGGGAGAAGCGAGGAGAAGUGGGGAGAAGCAGGCAGAAGUGGGAAGAAGAAGAAUAAAAGAAUGUGGAAGAAAAGAAGAAGAAGAAGAAGAAGAAGAAGAAGAAGAAGAAGAAGAAGAAGAAGACAAGAAAAGAAGAAGGCAAAGAAGAAGAAGAAGAAGAAGAAGAAGAAGAAGAAAAAAAUAGUUUUAGUACUUACCAGCAGAAGCCAUUUCGAUCG